AUGUUAUCGAAUGAAGAAGAAAAAGACCAUCAAAUACAACAGAUGAAUGAUGCGAUUAAAGCAUUGGGUAUUGAUCCAUCAUCUCUUGAUCCACAGCAGAAAAAAACAAAAAAAUACAAAAAAACGUUGAUGAAGAACAACAUUCAUUUGAGUAAUAGUGCAACAACAACUUUACCAUUGCCAUUAUCAUUUAAUAGUGAUUCAUGUGAUCUUGCAGAAGAUUCUCCAAUUUGGUUAAAUGAACAAUAUAUUAAAGAUCAUCAUCUUGAAGAAGAAGUUUUAGAAGAUGAUAUCAAUAUGACGAUGGAACAACGUGAUAAUUCAACUCUACAAAGUGAAAAAAAAACGAAUGAUGAUGGUUUACUACAAACAGAUUUAAUAUUAGAAAAAAUUACUAAUGUAUUGAACAAAUUUGAAGAAAAAAUUCAACAUAAGAUUGAUUAUUUGGAAUCGAAAUUUGAUCGAAGAUUCGACCAAUUAUCUCAAAAGGUUGACAAUCUUUACGAGCGUGGUACUGCAUCUUCCAUAUUGUUCCACCUCAACACCCAUCAUUAUCUUGAUGCACCAUUAUCACCAACGAGCCAAUUAUUUGAUUCUCAUUUUUCAAAGAAGACAAGAUUAUUAUUUGGAUUUUUUGCUCAAGAAAUGCAUAAACGGUAUUCUCAUUUGUGGACAAAUAAUUAUAAGCAAAUGGGUGUAUCUCUACGACCGGAACAAAUAGAAGUUGAUCUACUUGGAUUUGCUUAUGAAAAAACUAAUCAAAAGAAACCGAUUUUCAAUUCACCGAAUAUGGAAUCAUUACAAGCAAAUUCGUCUUAUUCAUUUAUAAAACCAUUUAAAGCUAAUACAAUAAUUAUUGGUGAAGUAACAACAUCAAUUAUUGAUUUCAAUCAUCAAGAUUUGGUUCAUCUUGAACAGUCUAAUUCAAAAUUAUUUAAUGUAAAUUUACCGACUUAUAUACUUUGCCAAAAAUUAAUGCAACUUGAGCGAACACUUAAUUUUAUUCUAAUUUAUUUUAAUGGUGCAAAAUUAGAAAAUCUACUUGUUGCAUUAGUCGGCAGAUUUGAUCAUCGACGUUCUUCUCAACAAAUAUACAAGCUAUUAUUUCAAUCAACAUUUUCAAACAAAAUACCACUCUUGAAUCAAUUAAGUCAACUUGAACAUGAACAAAAAAGCAAACAGUUAUAUUUUAUUUCAUAA